AUGGCCAAAGGACCAAAGACUACAACAAAAGGAUCUGAAAAGCCAUCAAAGGCGGCCAAGGCAGCGCCCGCAAAGGCAACAUCCACUCUCGCCGCAGGAAAAAGUGCUGGGGCAAAGGUGGCGACGGCCGCAAAGGCUGCAAAGUCAUCUGCAGAGAUCAUUGCAAACGGUCUCGCUGGUAAAAAGGAUAAGGCAACAUCUGCCGCCAAGGCACCCGAAAAAGCAAAGUCCAACGGCAAGAGCAAGCCCGUACAAAAGGAUGAAUCAAGCGCAGAGUCUAGCUCCGAAGACUCUAGCGAAUCGAGCAGCGAAGAAGAGACAAAGCCAGUACCAAAGGUGGCCGCAAAGGCUAACGGCGCUCAGGCUGCUAAAGGAAACGCCAAGGCUGCUUCCUCUAGCGAGUCCAGCGAAUCUGAGAGCGAUUCCUCAGAAAGUGAGUCUGAGUCCGAGUCUGACGCGAAGCCUGCACCCAAGGUGAAUGGAAAAGCCAACGCAAAGCCUGCCGCCAAGGCUGCAGCCCCGAGCGCAAAGGCAAAGUCGCCUCCCAAAAAGGCUGCACCUGCCGCGAAGAAGUCUUCGUCCGAAUCCGAAUCCGAGUCAUCUUCGUCUGAAUCGGAAUCGGAAUCGGAAUCCGAGGUCGAGAAACCAAAGGCGGCCCAAGUCAAGGCAGCGACGACGACCGCGAAGAAGGGUUCUGACUCCGACUCCGAAUCUCAAUCUUCGGAUUCGGCUUCUGAAUCUGAUGCUACGCAAACACGAGCAGGAAUUGGCGCCAAGGUCAACGGUGCAGCGGCAAAGGCAAAGGAUGCGGUCAAGGCCAUGUCACCUGUCAAGGGUCCGCCACCGACGGUUUCAGAUGCUAGUGAUAGCAACAGUUCUUCCUCGAGUAGUGACGAUAGCGAAGAGGAUAGCGAUGGCGACUCCAAGAUGGGUGACUCGAAACCUGCCGCUGCCAAGAAGGCCAAAGCGGAUUCGGACUCGGACUCUUCCGAGUCGGAGUCGGAGUCUGACGACUCGUCCAGCGGGAGUAGCGAUACAGAAAUGGAAGACGCCAAGCCAGUAAAGGCUGAACCUCCAUCGAAGAAACGUAAAGCGGAAGAGGCGUCUGCUCCAGCAAACGCCAAAAAGGUCAAGCUCGCAGACGGCGGUGCGGCAGCUGCACAAGGCAAUUCGGACGCGAAUUGCAACAUAUUUGUGGGCAAAUUGAGCUGGAACGUCGAUGACGAAUGGCUCAAGUCGGAAUUCGAGGCGUGCGGCGAAGUCGUGCGCGCAUCGGUGCAAAUGGAUCGUCAAACCGGUCGCUCCAAGGGCUUCGGCUACGUCUCAUUCUCCACGCCAGAGGCUGCCGAAAAGGCGAUUGCCGAGAUGAAUGGCAAAGAGAUUGACGGCCGUGCGGUCAAUGUCAACGCCGCCACGCCCAAGACACCCAAUCCAGCUGGCCGAGCGAAGCAGUUUGGCGAUACUGUGAGCGCUGAGAGCAAAGUGCUCUUUGUGGGCAACGUGAGCUUUAAUGCAAACGAGGAUAUGCUGUGGGAGACGUUUGGCGAACACGGUGAUAUCGUGAGCGUGCGUCUCCCGACUGACCGCGAGACGGGUCAGAUGAAAGGGUUUGGGUACGUCGAGUUUACGAGCGUCGAGAAUGCCAAGUCGGCGUUUAAUGCACUCAACGGCAAGGAUAUUGCCGGACGCAACAUUCGCCUCGACUUUUCGCAACCGCGUGAUAACAAUAACGCUGGUGGUGCGAGUGGUGGUCGAGGUGGAUUUGGUGGCAGUCGAGGACGUGGGGGCGAUCGAGGACGUGGGGGCUCGCGAGGUGGUGGACGAGGUGGAUUUGGCGGCGACCGAGGUGGUCGAGGAGGUGGACCGAGUCGUGGAAACGGCUGGGGGAAUCGAGGACGUGGGGGGAAUAACUCUCGCGGUGGCGGCAACGCACGCACGGGCGGCGCGGCUGCGUUCGAGGGCAAAAAGAUGACGUUUGACGACUAG